UAAUAGUGCGUAGAUAGAUACUAGAUGGUAGUAGGUAAAGCUCGGCUGCCGCUUCAGUGAUAUGACUUCGCACCCAAUGCACCAACCUCUAUUCAUCUCCACUACAUACACAUGCUCAUGCUUAAUUUCCCACGCACAUCGAACGAAUCCAUGGAGCUCGGGCGCGCCAUGGAUCUCCCCCUCCCGCUGCUGCUGUCCACCUUGGCAGUGUCCGUGGUCGUAUGCUACGUCCUCUUCUUCCGCGCCGGGAAGGCAGCAGCAAGGCAGCGUGCGCCGCUGCCGCCCGGCCCGAGAGGCUGGCCCGUGCUGGGCAACCUGCCUCAGCUAGGCGGUAAGACGCACCAGACGCUGCACGAGAUGACGAAAGUGUACGGCCCACUACUGCGGCUGCGGUUCGGCAGCUCCAACGUGGUGGUGGCCGGGUCGGCGGCCGUGGCAGAGCAGUUCCUCCGCACCCACGACGCCAACUUCAGCUGCCGGCCACCCAACUCCGGCGGCGAGCACAUGGCGUACAACUACCAGGACGUGGUGUUCGCCCCUUACGGGCCCCGGUGGCGCGCCAUGCGGAAGGUGUGCGCCGUGAACCUGUUCUCCGCCCGCGCGCUCGACGACCUCCAUGCCGUCCGGGAGCGGGAGGCCGCACUCAUGGUGAGGUCCCUCGCGGAGGCGAGCGCCGCCCGCGACCGCAACGUGCCGGCGGUGGCGCUCGGGCUGGCCGUGAACGUCUGCACGACGAACGCUCUGUCGCGGGCAGCGGUCGGACGGCGCGUGUUCUCCGCCGCCGGCGAGGGCGCAAGAGAAUUCAAGGAGAUCGUGCUCGAGGUGAUGCAGGUGGGCGGGGUGCUCAACGUUGGCGAUUUCGUGCCGGCGCUCCGGUGGCUAGACCCGCAGGGUGUGGUGGCGAAGCUGAAGAAGCUGCACCGCCGUUUCGACGACAUGAUGAACGAGAUCAUCGGUGCGAGGAGGGCCGGGGUCAAGCCGACCGCCGAGGAAGGCAAGGACUUGCUGGGCUUGAUGCUGGAGAUGGUACAGGAGGAGCGGCCCCUAGCCGGCGGCGAGGAGGACAGGAUCACCGACACCGACGUCAAGGCACUCAUUCUGAACCUGUUCGUGGCGGGGACCGACACAACAUCAACCAUAGUGGAGUGGUCGUUGGCCGAGCUGAUCCGUCACCCGGACAUCCUGAGGCAGGCCCAGGAGGAGCUGGAUGCCGUCGUGGGCACCGACAGGCUGGUCUCGGAGUCCGACCUCCCGCGCCUCACCUUCUUGAACGCGGUCAUCAAGGAGACGUUCCGGUUGCACCCGUCUACGCCGCUCUCGCUGCCCCGCAUGGCCGCCGAGGAGUGUGAGGUUGCCGGCUACUACAUCCCCAAGGGCACCGAGUUGCUGGUCAACGUGUGGGGCAUUGCUCGUGACCCGGCCCUGUGGCCGGACCCUCUGGAGUACCGACCUUCCCGGUUCUUACCCGGUGGGGCACAAGCGGACAUAGAUCUCAAAGGGAGUGAUUUCGGGCUUAUACCAUUCGGCGCAGGUCGGAGGAUAUGCGCGGGCCUCAGCUGGGGCCUGCGGAUGGUCACACUCACUUGCGCCACUCUGGUGCAUGCGUUCAAUUGGGAGUUGCCGAUGGGCCAAACGCCGGACAAGUUGAACAUGGAGGAGGCGUUUACUCUUCUGCUGCAGAGAGCUGUGCCACUAAUGGUUCACCCAGUCCCCAGGCUGCUCCCUUCUGCAUAUGAAAUUGCAUAGAAAGACGAGGGAAGAUCGAGAUCAUUGUUAUGGGGCCGCUGACCUUUGAUGUAACAAAUAAGAGGUGCAUAUAUUGCUGUUCCCUUCUGUCGGUGUGUUUGUUGUGUUAUGCUAAUAUCUGUAAUGAACAACUGUUGGCCAUUGUUGUCAUGUUUAUGUUGUAAAUGUGGGCACGAAGCUCUUGUUGUUCCUCA